AAUUUUUCCAUCAAGCUUCACUUCAAAAUCAUAUAAAAAUUCAUGAUGAUACUAUUGACAAACUUCUAUGGGAAAUCGCUAAAGAAAAAGAAAAAAAUAGGCGUAUUUUAUGUCAGUCAAAUGAAGACCACUUUGCAAGAGAAAGUCUAAUGAAACUAGAUGUCCAACUUGAAGAUGAUGAAGGUGAAAUAGGAAUAGAUAAUCAGUUUGGAGGUGACAAAGGUGAAAUAGGAAUAGAUAAUCAGCUUGGAGGUGAUGAAAAUGGAAUAGGAAUAGAUAGAAUAAAUAGUCAGCUUGAAGGUGACGAAGGUGGAAUAGAAAGUCAGCUUGAAGGUGCCAAAGGUGGAAUAGAAAUAGAUAGUCAGCUUGGAGAUGAUGAAGGCCAAUUGGAAAGUUGGACAGAGGACAUUUUAGAAAUGGAAGAAAUAAAUAAUUAA